AGUUUUAUUUAUGAUUCAAUAGGGCCAAACAUUUCGGAAAAGAUGAUAUAUAUAUACUUGGAAAUCAAAUACUUGCUGACCGAGCGAUUUUAUAUAAACAAAAACAUUAAAGCAUUUGUAAAUUUAUUCACUAAAAUCAGGCUGAUUCAAUCAUAAAUGUGGUUUUCUGUUUUAAUGAAAACUAACAAAUUUAAGCAGAUAACUUUUUAAUUAUAUUUGACUUAAAAACCUUAAAUAAUGGCAGAAGCUGUUCGUGAAAGAUCCAAGAAGAAGAAAAAUAAGAGUUUAAACAACUCAACUAAAUGUGACGAGUUGGUUAAUGAGAUCACCAGGAUCCCUUCUGCUCCUAUGUUGUCAAUGGAAAUAAAAGAUCACGAAGAAGAUACUGUAUCAAAUGUCAUAAAGUCUGACAGUAGUCUAUCCUGUUAUAGAAAGAUUGACUCAACUUCUAUUACAGAUUCUUCCAUCUCUAACCAAGAUAAAGCCAUUGACUUGUCAAAAAAAACAAAUGAUGAAGAUAUUAUAAAAGAUCAAUCGGAAGUAUUUUCAAAUCCAUUGAUGUUGAGUUCUUUAACCAAAGAUGAAACAAGAAACUUUUCUGAACACAUUGUCCCACAAACAGAAAAUUUUAAUACACAGAAUAAAAUUCCUUCAGCACCCUUAAUAUCAUUGCCAAGUUUUGAAUAUAAUAUUAGUUCUCUCAAUAUAGAUUCCCAUUCUGAUUAUAAUAUGUCAGCUUCAGGUUCAUCAUCUUUAUUUAAAAUUGAUAAUAUAAAUAAUCAAUUAAAUGAGAAUGUAUUUAAUAAUGAAAAUAAAAAAGAAAAAUUUAAAGCAGAUGUUUUUUCUACAGACACCAAGGAAAUGUUUGUAAGUGGAGUUUUGUCUGAAAAUAUUAAGCAAGAAGUUGUGAAUGAGGUUUUGUUGACAGAUACCACUGAAAAAAUAGAUAGUUUAACAAAGGAAAAAACAGUGAGUUUGGUUGUGGGUGAAGUUUUACUAAAAGAAAAUAACUGUAUUGAAAAAAAAAAUUUUGAAAAUGCUAUAAAUUCUGUACGAAGUGUGACUCCAUCGAAAGAAAUAAUGUCAUUAUACUCUGCAAAAGAAAUUGAACCAUUUACAGAGGAACAAUUACGUAACUUUUACUUUAAUCCUGAGCUUCUAAAAAUUGAUUUGUUUGUUGGCGAGUUUUUAAAGAAUGCAAACAAAGUGCAUCAUAGAUUUUAUGAACUAGUUGACUUUUACUACAAAUCUAGAAUCAAAGUUCAAGACUUAAAAGUUAAAAUGAAGCUUGCUCAAAAAAAUGUCAAUGAAGGUCAAAAAAAACUUUGGGAAAUUAAAGAUUUCACUUAUACUGUUGAGGGAAAGUGUGGUUGUGGCAACUCAGUAUCGCAACAGCAUCGUUAUCAAAAAGCUUUCUUUCAGCAAAAUCAUUUUACACAGUUAUCUUUAGAUAUGUUAAGUUUGAGAGAAGUAGUGCAUGAGUUUUAUCAACUACAAGAGUAUAAUAGUCGACUUGGAAAAUUGCGUAUAGAAAAUUAUAUAUACAAACUAUUCAAAAUGGAACCAGCUCUGAGUAAUGUUUCUAAUGAAAGGCCUAUAUCAGUAUAUCUACCAUGUGAUUUAACAGAACGUACUAUAUCAACUCUUUACAAUUUGCAAGAUUGCAUCAGUGUUCUAUUUUCUUUUUUGAGAAUAGGAGCUGUUGAAAAGGAAUUUGAUGAAGAUAUCAACCGAUGGCUUGAUUUAAUGGUGUCAGCUCUCCAGCGUGUGGGAACUCUUCCUGAUCAUUUUUUUUUAUUAAAUCAUAUUAUUCGUUGUCCAUGCGGUGUUCCAACUGCAAAAGCACAAUAUAUUCAGUUUCCAACAUUUAAUGCUCAUCAAUUAUUGUCUGUAUGGACACGACCACAAGUUCAUCACUUUGUUGUUAUGCUAGCAACUUUAACAUUACCAGUUAGAGCUAGAACAGAGUUUUUGUCGAAAUUUAAAGUUAAUUAUACAAGAAAAGUCAAAAGGCAAAUCAGCUGGACUCUAGUUGAUGAAGAUAGCUAUGAGGAUGAAAACCACGAUGAUAGCUGGAGCCUUAUAACUGAGCAAGAUCUAAUUGCUAUGUUUGAUCAAUUUCCUUUCAGUGACUUAUUUUUAUCAUUACUGAAUAUCAAUUCCACACAAGAUGAAAUAAGCCAUUUGCCUACUUCAACUUUAAGUAGGGACAUUUUGAGUUUGUUUGCAUUCUCCUCACUCAUGAUCAAAUUGUUAGCACAAAUUUUUGAGACAUACAAUUUAUUGCGAUAUAGACAGUUCAUCAAGCAUGUUUCACGAACAAUAAGGCUUAUAGCGCAAAUUGUUUCUGACCAAUGGGUAGCUUAUUAUAAAUAUCGAACAGAAGUUAUUGGAGACAAUCUUGAAGAUUUCCCAAAAAUGUCUGAAACAUCUGGAUUUAACUUAUUACGAUUACAGUUAGAGUUUGACCAGUUCAUGCUUCGAACUUUUAAUAUAAUAGUUUCAUCUAAAUGUAGUAAUGGAUCAAUGCAAUUUCUUUCUACAAUGCCUUUUGAUGCUAUCUCCUCAUCUGCAAUAUGGAUGUUGCUGCAUAUGUUGAUUAGUCAGCAGACAAUGACUGAAAUCAUCAAGUCAAGCAGCAUUUUGGAUCUUCCAAGCAUUGUUACUUUGGAAAUUUCUCCUACUGACUGUAUUUUUUUACAGACAGCAAUUUCAAACAUUGCUCUUUCACGCACAAAAAAUGACAAAACACUUGUGGAAGCUUGUGUGAAGCUCAUUGUAGAACUCUCUUUCUUGAAUCCUACUGUUGAUAAACUUUAUGCAAAAAAUGGACUUGACAUGCUUUCAUUGAUCUCAAAUAAGCAUCCAUUUAUAACUUCUUUUUUAAUUGUGAUGACCUCCAAAAUGUUAAAACAGCUUGAUGAGCAUCUAGUAAAUAUCUUUCACUCUCUUCAUUUGUACUUAUGGUUUCCUCAAAUUACUGAUUUUGAUAUAAUUCGAACUUGGUUACUGGAUUCACCAAUAACUUCAACUGAAAGUAAAGUGGCAAGAAUUUUGUUGUCGGGUAUUAAUUAUGGAAUUGGACAGGUAGACAACACAUUGUUUUUACCACGUUCAUAUCACUACUUAGUUGCAAUUCUAAUUGUUGAGAUAUAUGGAAUUUUAUUUCCCAAUAACCCUGGUGGAAUGCAGCAGUUAAAUUAUUCAUCGAUGGGAAUUUUAGAGCAGGUUAGCCGAAUAGCAAUAUUGUCAUAUAACAAAGUGGUCUAUUAUCAAGUGCAUUCAGAAUUUUAUAAAUGGGCAUGGAAAGUAAUGCUAAUGUUAAAGCUGCAUGAGAGCGAUAUGUUGAAUACAACAAUGCAAGAUGAGAACUUAUACGAUCAAAAUUGUUCAACAUGGGCCAAUAAUAUUAUUCAACAUCUUGAAAAUAAAUACCCUUAUGAUUUUGAUAUACAGACUACUCCUGUACUUUUAAAUGUAUUGCGUGCUUCCGAAAGUCAAGGCUUGUUAGCAUCAUAUGUUAUUUUUGCAAUGACUAAAUAUGGACAUCUGUUAGAUGUUUUUAUAUCAAAAGGUAUGCCAUACUUGUUGCAAUUAAGCUAUGCAAAUGAAUAUGAUGCUGUUAUUAGAAUCAUCAGUAACUUAUCUGUACUUUUUGUUCAACAUCCAGAUAGACUAGCUACUGAUAGCUACUUGAAACUUUUAUUGUGUUCAAUUCAUAUUGAUGUUGGUUGUGCUGGAUAUACUGAAAAGCUAUGGCAGUAUUUUGUGGUUGGUAACUACAGUCAAACAUUUGUAUCAUUGGUCACAUCGCAUAUUCUUAAAUCAAGAGACUAUUCUGAUGCACAUUUAGCAAUUAAAUUCUGGAUGCAUAUGUUUACAAGAUUACCUUUUUGGCAUAGGGAUUACAGUGUGUUAUUUCAGAUUGAUAAUUUGUGCAAAGUUGCUUUUUCAGUUCAUGAUGGUCUAUCAAAAGUUCAAGACAUGCUUUUUAAUGAAUAUAAGGAAUUGAUUAAGUUAAAUGAACCACGUGGAAUUCUUUCUUCAGUUAUGUCUUGGAUGUCUAGCAAUCAGUUAAUAUCAUUUAUGCCUUCUGUUACAACAAACUUCUGCUAUUUUGCUUAUGUUGUCUUAGUUGUUGAACAGAGGUAUGAAAAGUCAAUAGAUUUUUGGAAAAUGAUAUCUUUAGAAAUGCUUAUGAAUUUAUCAGUUACAGCUGAGCAAGCUUAUAAGAAAGUCUCCAUGGGCUUAAAAUCCUCAUAUUUACCUCCAUUUCAUACGCUUAGUGUUUACCGAUGGGGUGAGCAAGCCAUGAGUACGCCAUCUUCUCAUCCUCUACUUCCAAUUAUUUGGCAACAAUUUUUUAUGAUAUUUUUAAAGAAACCUACUAGUUCAUCUGGUUUUCCUUCACGAUCUGGUAUUGGACAUCGUUUUUUUCAAAACACCUCUCUAAUUUCUACUUUAAAAAAUAUGAAGUCUUCUUUGUAUGGGUCUGCUGAUUAUCACAAGAAUAUAAUUGAGAGCAACAAUAACUCAAAUGAUGAUCAUAAACUAGACUCCAAUGAUUUUAAUUUGUCAUUAAUGCACUUAUAUAAAACCUUUGCUUUGUGGUUGGAUGAAUCACGCUUACAUGAUUCAAACUUGUAUUUGGCUUCAUUACCAGAUGUCUACAGAUGUGAUCUUUUAACAAAGAUUUUCACAGGAAAUAAGGAUUUGUGGUUAGAGUUUGUUGAUAAAAAGUUUCUUGAAAAGAAUUUACAAACAGAUUUUUCAUUAUGGCGUAACAUAGUUUAUGCUCCAUACAGUUUCAACACUUCUGAAAUUGUUACAGAUGUCCUCAUGCAAGCUGAAGUUUUUCAGCGUAUAAUUAAAAGAUUGUUGAGAGAAACCAAACCACAGCCACCUUUACAAAUAAUAAAACCUUCACCUCCCAUCGAAGAUGUUUCCCAACACUCCCUUUUAAUAGAGCCUCAACUCAUGCAGAUAAUAUAUUGUGAUAUAGAAUCAAUUGUUCAACUGUCAAAGUCUGCUGCCAUUCUAGUAGCCAAGCAUCUAGAACUUGAUUACAAUUACUUAGAGUUAGUACCUGAUUUAUAUGAAACAGUACUUAGAAAAGUGACUGUAGGAAUACCUUGUGAUGGUCAACGAAGAAGGAAAAGUGUAGGCUGUUUAUCUCCCGCUCAAUCAGUUAUCCAAUUCAAUGAAUUGCUGCUGCAUGAACAAAUAAUGCGAAUUCUUCAAGACAACCGAGAAAUGUGUAAAAACCUUUUACAACUAUCUACAUCUCAGAUUGAUGAUAAGAUUUGUAAGUCAGUUCUUCGUCUUGAAUGCAUUAUUGAAGUACUAUCAGAAAGUUUCUCAGAUGAAAUAAAAGAAGUUAGUAGUAUUGCGAUUAAACUAUUCUACUUGAUUGCUCAAUUAGUUGAUAAUGAUGUUAAAAAAUCACCUCUUGCUAUACAGUUUUUCUCUACUGCAUUAGAGAAUCUCGGAAAGAACUUUAUUGCAAAUAACCCAACUCAACAAGUUCCACUUCUUGAUACUGUUUUAAAGAGACAGGAGUUAAUUGUUUUUUUAGGCCAUCAUUUUAGUCCAUUGUUAGAUGUUACAAACUUCACUGUUUUAUAUUCAAAACUUGCAAACCAUUUGGAUGCUAGUUAUUCAACAACAGUAUUUGUUUUACUUUCAAAAUUUGACAUAAAUGCGUGGCUAGACUGUUCUCCUCCAGAUUCCGAAAAGUUAAAGAUUGUUAUGCUCAUGAUGAUUGCGUUAAAAAAUCUUGGUUCUCAACCAAACAGCGAAGCAACCGUUGUCUUAGAAAUUGUUCGUAAACAAAUAUCAAUUUUAUUUUGUGAUUUUAACAGUUAUUACAGCAAAGUUCUAGUUGAGUUGUUAGAAAUCUCAUCAAGUAGAUCUAUCUCCCCAGUCUUUUGGACUGAUUUUGUUGCGUUUGUUCAAGAUUCUACUGCAAAAAGAGAUUUAUCCAUUACACAAGUUAAUGAAUCGGUGCAUUUUUUAAUAAGUUAUUUCCAAAAUAAGACCCAUGAGGUUGUUUGUAAUUUAGACAGUUUAUACGAAAGUUGGAGUAUUUAUAUAGAAUCCUUAAGUAUACUUUUGAAAACUUUGGUUACAAUGAUAAUAAAGUGCUCAUUUGCAACAACUAGCAAUAAUUUAGAAAGGUUGGUUAAAGACAAUUGGGUUAUUUGCUGUUCAUUAUACCAGCCUUGGCUAGUACCCCAGUCAAAAGGGAAGAUUUGGUCUCUACUACGGACAGAUUUAGUAGCUAUGAUGAUCAGCUCAUUCACUGAGUGUAUAAAUCUUUUAACUGUUCCUGCCAAAAACGGAUAUUGUUCUGUCCUCAAUUAUUUAUGGGAUUUUUAUUACCAGUCUAUAGUGCCGGCUGUCACUGAAAAACAAUCUUUAGAUUUAUUCCAUAGUGUUUUUAUUACGUUACCAUGGUCAAAAAUGUAUCCAAGUCUUGAAGAACUGAAUCAAAUUUUAGAGUCGCAUAUAACUUACCCGGCUGCUUUUCCAUUCUUUGUUGAAUUGUUUUUCAAUAUUGAUUUGGAAAAUGUAGUUUGUAACUGUUCCUUAAUUGAGAGUCCUAAUAUUCUCGGGCAAUUUCAUCAAGUUUUGUUAAACAUAUUUGUUGUUAUGGCAACUAACCAAGAAUUGAAAUUUAGCUGUAAUAAAUUAAAAGACGUUUUCUAUAAGGCUAGGAGUUUAUACUGGAACUUUAUGGUACUUGAACAAACUGCACGGUCUUGCCAAUGGUUUGCGGAGACAGCGGAUUCAUUUUCUGUUUUUAAUCAAGAAUCUUUAACCUGGAGUAUGAUUAACAUGCUUGAAUUUGUAUGCGGGUAUCAUGACGACGGUUCACAGUUUUUGCAUGACGAUUACAUUAUUGCAAAACGCAACAUUUUUGUUCAAGUUAUUGUAACCCUUAUUUCAAGAUGUUCACUUACUGUUACACCGAAGUCGGCAAAUUACAGUUUUGUUAUUAAUCGACUCUUUUCUUUAAUUGAAUCAGUUUUAGUUUAUAACAGUAGUGAAAGUGCACAAAUGCAGGAGCUUGUUGUCCACUGUGUAACUGCCUUUAAUUUACUCAACUCUAUUUCUUCUUCGGAAAUAUUUGCUGUUAUAAAGGAAAACAUACAUAGUUACUUGCAAGGAUCAAAAAGUCAAUUACUUGUGUUAGCUUUUAUAUCUGCCGCUUCUCGAUCAAUCGCGUCUCUAGAACAUUUAGUAUCUAUACUAGAAAUGUCGAUAGAAUGCUUUUUUUCAAGGCUUUGCGGCGAAGAAAGUCAAAAUUCUUGGGUUCAGGUUUAUCAAGCCUUUGUUUUGCCUGAACUUAAUAAAGAAGAAUUUUUAAAAGAAGCACUGAAUCAAAGUGCAUAUUUGACUUUAUAUACAUUUAAUCUUCAUUUAAUUCCACAAGCUCAAUGUUUGGGAGAAUACUUAAUUAUGCUGGCUAAUACUAUUCAAUGGUGCAGUAAGCCAUCAGCUCCAAUUGAUUACGAAUCAAAGUUAUUGUUGUUAUGGUUACAAAUAUUCGAUAUUGUUAGGAUAUUAGAUCUUCGCGAUUUAAGUAAAACUCAACAUCAACAACUUAUUAAACAUCUCAAUUUCUUUAACAUUUUUUGUCAAUCAAAGAGCGAAGAAAAAAUUUACUCCGGAAUACUUGGAUCAUUAGGAGUUGGAAGAAAAAGUCAUUUGAGUAAAGAAUUUCGAUUGAGUGCUAAAGCUGUUCAUUUGUUCUUAAUAAAUAAAAUGGUUCUAUUUCAAAAUGGUUCCGAUUUAAAACAAGCUACGACCUCUCGCAUUUCUCCAGAUGCCGAAAAAGCACUUGCCUCGUUCUUUGGUUUACUGAAGAAUAAAACCUAUGAAGAUUUUCAAGACCAAAUUCAAUGGAUAGUUCAAUUUAUUUCUAACCAGUCAACGACUAUUAAAGACGGAUGUUCGUUAGUUGCGUAUUUAUGUCAACAGUUUUUUAAAAAGUAUAGCUACGUAUCUGCUGCUAUUACUUAGAAAAAAAGUCGAAAGUUCACAAUCACAUUUCAUUUUUAUAAUCGACCAAUGUAUUCAAAGAUAAUCUUAGAAUACAUCAGCGCUUUGAUUA